AUGUUUGUUGUGUCAGCAUUACUGGAUUUUAUCUUAUUGCAUACCUUUACUUUUUCCCUCCCGUCUCUCUUAUGCAGUUUGGGUCGGGACACAGCUCCACACAGGUGUCAGAUUAAGACAGGAUUCAUUCUGCUACUUACACUGGCGUUCUUACUGACUGCCGUUGCUUAUGUCUCUGAAUUCUCUCUCAAGACUGCUGUGCUCCCUGACACCUUUUAUGAAAAAGUGCUAAAUCAGACACGCUCCUAUUAUGUUGUGAUCGAGUACCCAUCUGCCAGUAAAAAUCAAACUAGUCCUUCACAAAUUCCUACACAAUCCACAGACAUGUCAGUGCAUCAUCAUGUGGCUCAUCCAAGCAACUAUCAUUUUAUUCUGGAUGAACCUGAUAAAUGUAGUCAGUGGGAUCCGUUCCUGGUCUUUAUGGUCCCUGUGGCGCCCCAUCAGGUAGAGGCUCGUAACGCCAUCCGGAGCACAUGGGGGAAUGAGAGCUCAGUGCAGGGAAAAGCAGUGCUGACUCUGUUCUUGGUGGGUUUGACUGGAGGACCUGAAGCUCAACAGAAGCUGGAGGAAGAGAGCCGUCAACACAGAGAUUUAGUGCAGAGCAACUUUGUGGACUCCUACUUCAACCUGACCAUAAAGACAAUGGUGAUCAUGGACUGGUUGGCCACUCGUUGCCCUCAAGCAUCUUAUGCUAUGAAGGUUGAUUCUGAUAUGUAUAUAGGCCUGGAGAACCUGAUGAGCCUGCUAUUGGCACCCAACACACCCAGAGAGAACUACAUUACAGGAUUACUGAUGUGGGACCGGCCUGUCAUCAGAGACAAAAAUUCAAAAUGGUACGUGUCAGAGGAACUGUACCCUGAACCCAAAUACCCCACGUACCUGCUGGGAAUGGGAUAUGUUUUCUCCAAUGACCUGUCAGGAAAAAUAGUUGAGGCUUCCAAGAAAGUAAAGGCCUUUAACAUUGAGGAUGCAUAUGUGGGCGCUUGUCUGAAACAGUUAGGCAUUGCACCCUCAUCUCCUCCAGACCCUUCACAGUUUAGAGCCUAUCUGGGACAAUACAAGCGAGAUGAUUUUCUCAGAGUUAUUACAACAAUCCUGGGAUCCCCGCAGCAGCUAAUAGACAUUUGGGAGGAUCUAAAGAGGCCCACAUAA